CCGCUCUUUCCUGUCAUGUCUUCAAUUUUCUUUAGAAAUCAAAAUAAUAAGCUCAAUAGUUGAAGUCUAAUCGAAUCUCAGAGUCUGAAAUAGUUAUUUACAAAAGUAUCUUUGAAUAUAAGUAAAUUCUUUGAGAAUACAAUCUUUAAUGUUGCAUUAAACAUCAACUGAAAUUAUAUCGAAGUAAAAUGUAUUAAUAGUAAUAUUGUAGAAACAAGAUCUGUGGGAUGAAACCCAAGAAUAUCUUUCAUUAAAUUUCUUAGUUUGUUGCAUAUAUUAUCACAAUAAAAGAAGAUGAAUCCUGCAGGAAUGGAUAUUUAUAAUAUUCGCCCUGAGGCUAAAAAGAAGUAUGAGGAGAAGUUUUUUCAGCUUCAACCUAUUAAUGGAUAUAUUACUGGUGAACAAGCUAAGAAUUUGUUUCUUAUGUCAAGGCUUCCUCCUCAAAUUUUAGCACAUAUAUGGGCUCUUGCUGAUAGAGAUGCUGAUGGAAAAAUGGAUAUAAAUGAGUUUAUUAUAGCUAUGCACUUGAUUGAACUGAAGCUCAAAGGUUUUGAGCUGCCUAAAACUUUGCCAGCUGCUAUGGUAGUUCCUGCUGCUGCAAUCAUUCCUGGUGUACAAGCCUUUCGUCCUAUUGCAGGAGCACCAGUACCUAUUUUUCCACCUACAUCUAUAGGUAAUUUGGUUGGACUUGUAAGACCUGCCUCUCCAGUUGACAAACCUCAACGAUCUUGCUCUGUCAGCAGUCAGGAUUCUCCAACUGGUAUUCCACCCCCUCUGAUUGAAUGGGCUGUUUCUCAACAAACCAAAUUAAAGUUUACUCAGCUUUUUAACUCUUUUGAUAGAACUAGGACAGGCUUUUUGACAGGUGCACAAGCUAAAAAUGUUCUUGUUAGUACUGGAUUGAGUCAACCUAUUUUAGCCCAGAUAUGGUCCUUGUCAGAUAUUGACGGAGAUGGAAGGCUUUCGUGCGAAGAAUUUGUACUUGCAAUGCAUCUAGCUGAAUCUGUUAAAAGUGGUGAAGCAUUACCUGGUGUUCUUCCAAAUGAUCUUAUUCCACCAUCUCAUCGACGCAAAAGGUCAACGAGUAUACAGUCUACUGGUUCUGCCUCUGGUCAUGGUUUAGGUGAAGUUAAUCUUUUGGGAGACUUCAAAGAUGAUAAAAAUAUUUCACAAACCACUUUUGAAGAUAAAAGGAAGGAAAAUUUUGAGAAAGGACAGGCUGAGUUGGAAAGACGACGACUUGCUUUGUUAGAAGCUCAACGUAAAGAACAAGAGGAAAGGGAGAGAAAAGAAAGAGAAGAACAAGAGAGAAGAGAAAGAAUAAGACAAGAACAAGAGAGACGACGACAGCUUGAAUUAGAAAAACAGCUUGCAAAGCAGAGAGAAUUAGAACAAGAGAAAGAAGAACAACGGAGGAAAGCUCUUGAGCAAAGAGAAGCAGCUCGUAGAGAAAUGGAAAGACAGCGACAGUUAGAGUGGGAAAAACAAAGACGCCAAGAACUAAUUUCUCAACGCCAAAAAGAGCAAGAAGCAGUGUGCCAUCUAAAAAAUUUGAACAAAAACCUAACUUAUGAACUAGAACAAUUAUCAACAAAAAUAAGUGAUCUCAAUGAAACUAUUGGUGAUACUCGGAAAAAUGUUACAGAAGUAAAAUCGUCCAUUGAUAACAUGCGUAUUGAAAGAGACACUAAAUUAGCUGAAAUGAACAAUGUUAAAGCAAAAAUAAAAGAAAUGAAUGACCGGCUAUUGAUUUUGUCUCAAGAAAAAAUCAGUAUGGAUGCACAGCUAUCAUCGUUUUCUAAAUCAAAUCCAACCAGUGAUUCCUAUAAUUCUGUUAUGCACAGUUUUAGCAAUAAACAAAUUGCUUUAAAUCAGCUGAAAGGCACUUUGACCAACAUUGAAAGUGACAUAAUUCAAAAGCAAAGUGAUAUUGAAAACAACAAUAAACAAAUUGAGGAACUGAAAGAAAAACUAAAAGAUGUUGCUGAAAACUAUAAGAAUCUUCAUGUGCAAUAUUUGGAAAGGAAAGAAAUUUUUCUGGCUGAAAAGAAAACUAGAGAUGGUAAAUCUGCUAGUAUUGAUAAAACCGCAGGAUUUGAUGAUUCGUGGGGAACAACAGCUACAAAUGAAGGAUGGGAUGAUAACAAAACAUCACCCGUUUCAUCUUCUGGCGUCAUAAAAUACAGAAUCUUAUAUGCUUUUGAUGCCAGAAAUCCAGAUGAGCUGUCAGUCAUGCCAGGGGAUAUUGUUUUAGUCCCUGAAGGUCAAAGUUCAGAACCUGGUUGGUUAGGUGGAGAAUUGCAUGGGAAAAAAGGAUGGUUUCCUGAGGCAUACGCUGAGCGUAUUGAGCCUGCUCAGGAGACUCUAACUAAUGAGACUGCCUUCACCAAUAGUGCUGCUACAAUAGGAGCUCCUACUGAAACAGUACAUAUUGUUGGGACUGAAAUGAAAAGAACCCUCGAAGGCAUAUCAGAAGCGCCAGAGGAGCCAUCUAAUGUAAUCCGUGAUGUUCUUCAACAUUCUGAAAAUUCUUCUUUUACUCAACCUGCCAAAUCAUCUGUAGAAUCUGUGCCAUCUUUACCAUCUCAGGAGGAUGCUUUAUCAGAAGCUCUACAAGCACAAGCUUUAUUCCCUUGGAAGGCUAAGAAAGAAAACCACUUAAGUUUUAGCAAAGGGGACAUAAUUAAUGUAAAAGAGCAACAAGAUAUGUGGUGGUAUGGAGAAUUUCAAGGCAAACUCGGCUGGUUUCCAAAAUCUUAUGUUAAAUUAGUUUCAGGACCUAUGAAAGCUAAUGAUAACUUUCAAGAUAGUACAGCUGAUUCCGAUUUGCAAGAACCACCUGAAGUAAAUACAUCUCCUCCAGAAGGGAUACCUGAAUAUUAUGUUGCGACUUAUGCCUACCAAUCUCAGGAACCAGGUGACCUUUGCUUCCAAGUAAAUGAAACAGUUUUAGUUACAAAGAAAGAAGGAGACUGGUGGACAGGAACCAUUGGGAACAGAACUGGUAUUUUUCCCAGCAAUUAUGUUAAAAAAGCAGAGGAACAGCCUUCAAGUGUUGCAAGUACUGAGUCUGAUGUUACAAAGACAGAUCUUAAUUUCCAGUCCAUGUCUAUUGAAUAUGAUAUGUCUGUGUAUAGCCCUAGAAUGAGGGGUGGUAAAUACAAGAGAGGUGAAAUUGUCACUGUUUUAGCCCCAUACAAAGCAACAGGCCCUGAACAAUUAUCUCUAGAAAAAGGUCAAUUAAUUCAAGUUAGGAAGAAAACAUCUGGUGGUUGGUGGGAAGGAGAAGUGCAGGUUAAAGGGAAAAAGAGACAAGUUGGUUGGUUCCCUGCUUCAUAUGUCAAAGAACUGAGUGGGAGUCGUGCCAGCAGCAACAGAACUACACCUGAAUCUAUGCUAUAUUCACGAUUUAAUGAUAAUCUAUCCAAUGGAGGACCCCAACAAUCAGAUCAAGUGGUGGCUUUAUAUCCCUUUUCUGGACAACACGGUGAUGAACUGACAUUUCAAAAGGGAGAUAUCAUAACUUUAGUAAAUACUGAUGACCCCUCUUGGUGGAAAGGGGAUUUAAAUGGUGCUGUAGGACUGUUUCCUUCAAAUUAUGUGGAAGUGAUUAACAAGUCAAGUGCUGCUGCUCCCAAAAACUCUUCAGACGAUUUUCUAAAUAAUGCAGCAUUUGAGUCAUUGUCACCUAAAGAAAAGAAACGCCAAUGCCAUAUAAAUGAACUUAUAUCCACUGAAGAAUCUUAUAUGGAUGAUAUGUCAAUAGUUUUAGAUGCUUUUCAAAAACCAUUACGAGAAUCUCAAGUAUUGAAUAAAGAAGAACUUCGAUCAAUAUUUGUUAACUGGAAAGAGCUGAUUGUCUGCAAUACAAAGCUUUUAAGAGCUUUAAGAGUGAGGCGACGGAUGAGCCCUGAUAACAUCAUUCAGAAAAUUGGAGAUUUGUUAUGUGAAAAUCUGCCGCACUUCACUCCUUACAUCAGAUUUUGCAGUUGCCAGUUAAAUGCUGCUGCUCUCAUUCAAAAUAAAUCUGAAACUAACCCAAGAUUUAAAGAAGUGACCAAACACUGUUGUACAGAUCCUCGCACGAAAGGAAUGCCAUUAAGUAGCUUCUUAUUGAAGCCUAUGCAAAGAAUCACUAAAUAUCCUCUUUUAAUACAAAAGAUUAUAGAAUAUACACCUGAAGGUCACCCUGAUUAUGCUCAUUUAAAAGAAGCUUUAAAUCAAGCUCAACAGUUGUGUAAUCAAGUGAAUGAAGGUGUGAGGGAGAGGGAAAAUUCAGAUCGUUUGGAAUGGAUACAGAAUCAUGUUCUGUGUGAUGGUUUGCCAGAGCAAAUAACCUUCAACUCCUUAACGAAUAGUUUGGGUCCCAGAAAGCUCUUACAUGUUGGUAUACUAUAUAAAGCCAAGAGCAAUAAAGAAUUGAUGGCUUUUCUAUUCAAUGAUUUUUUGCUUUUAACUCAGCCUUUUAAAGAACUGGGAAAAAUUACGAAUGUUUUUACAUCAGAAAAGGCAAUGAAUUCGUUAUAUAAAAUGUAUAAACAGCCGUUGUUCUUAAAUCAUGUCACAGUUAAAGCUACAGAUUCAGAUAAUAAUCAAGAUGAUUCUACAUUCUUUGUAUGCUACUCUGAAUGUAUUACAGAUCGUAUACAUUUCAGAGCUUCGAACACUAUUGAUAGAACUCUUUGGAUUAAAAAAAUUGAAUCUGCAGCUAAUAACUUUUGUGAAAUUGAAAAGAAAAAUUUGAACCAUCAAAAAACAUUGAGAUCUCAAGCAAUCCAGGGAGUGGGUCGUCUUUUAGUGGUAGUUGUGGAAGGCAUAAACUUGAAAGCUUGCUCAAAUGGUCAAAGCAAUCCUUAUUGUGAAGUGAGCAUGGGAUCUCAGGAACAGAAAACAAAAGUUAUACCAAACACAUUAAAUCCCAGGUGGAAUGCAUCCAUGCAGUUUCUUGUGAAGAAUCUUAAUGAAGAUGUCCUCUGCAUAUCCGUAUUCGAUAGAGAUUUGUUUUCUCCAAAUGAAUUUCUUGGGAGAACAGAAAUAAAAGUAUCCGAUAUCUGUCGAGAGACCAGACAGACUCACGAGCCAGUUGUGCGAAAACUCACUCUGUAUGAAGUAGAAACGGGUGAGGUGGUGAUCAAAUUUGACUUCCAAAUCUUUCAAAACAUUUGAAUCAUGCUUCUAUAUCCACAUUGCAGCUAAAUAUUUCAUUUGUAUUUUUUUGCUUAUUUGCUUUACACAUUCCAUUUAUCAUAUAAAACUAUAAUUCAUUCUUUAUCGAAUAUGUUGAGUUUAUUACUGAGAAAAGAAAUUGUUAUUUCAAGAGAUAUGUAAAUUUUUGUAUUUUUGGAAGAAAACCUAAAUUAUAUUGUGAAUAAUUCUGUUAUAUUAUCAAAGAUAUAACAUGAAAUAUAUAUUGUAAAAAUAUACCAUUUCAUUGAUACCGUAAUCAUUCAUUUUAGGGUCAAAUGUCAGAAUUCUCAAAAAUGAUAAAUUACUGAUUAUCUUUGUCAGCAGAGAAUUCUUUAUCCUUUUUUAUGUUACAAUGCUAGUAAGUAAAUUUGAAAAAUUCCUUAUUAUGAACUCCGAAAGGAUGUUUCAAAAAAGUUAUCAUUUUAAAUAUUAGUUAUAUGUAAAAUUUCAUUUAAAAAAAAUAGUGAUAGUUUCAUGAUAAACCAUGUAAUGAUUUUUAAUGAAAUGUUAUCUUAAAAUUAAGUAGCUAAACAUAAAUAUCAAUCCAUAUAAUGGCAAAAGUUUUACACAAGAGGUCUAAUAAGACAUUAAAAAAUGUGUAAAAACAUUGUAAAUCGGUUUUUUGACAACUGUUUGUUUCAUAACAUCCAACCAUAUACAUCUAUCACAGCUGUGAAUCUUCUUAAUGCUUAAAGUUAAUGUUUUCACCUUUCUUUAUUAAGCUUUAAUUUCAAUUUUAGAGAUAAGUUGUUUUGACAAAUAUGAUAAAGUGGAAUAAUUUUAUUUGGCUAGUUUUUUAUUGAAAAUUAUUUUAAAAUAAUUAUUUCAAUGAUACAGAUUGUAAACAGU